GUAAGCAAGUUGUAACUAUAAAAAUUAAUCGCAGUAACACAAAACUACUUUAGCCGCUCUCAUCUAAAUAUGAAGUUCUACUAGUUUUAGGGUUUAUUUUAAUUUUUUAUCCAACGAAAAAUAUUAUGGAUUUAAAAUAUAUUAUAUUAUUUGUUACAUAUUUUUCUAGGACAUCAUCAGAAAAACCAGUAAAAAUACUUGGCUUAAAUGAAGGUGAUACAUGUAAAAAAGGCGAUGUAUUGAAUUCAGAUCACUUAUGUAAGCGUGUUGAAAACUGUGAGUCCCUAAAAUUAAUGACCGCAGAUAAAAUAUAUCCUGAUUUAUGUUCGUAUAAUGGACAUGAAUCAGAUCCAAUAAUUUGCUGUCCACCUGCAACUGUUCAAAAAAUACAAGUUUUAAAUGACUUGACGGAUAAAAGACUACGCAUUGUUAACGAAAAGUGCCUUCAGUAUUCCGGGUUGAUGAAAAAGUUAAAAAAAGAGAAAACUAGUUUGACAGAGUUAAUGGAGUCUAAAGUUAGGAGCCUGAGAAAGAGAGACACUCACCCUUUCUCGGUCAACUGUGAAGAGGAUUUAAAAUCUUCAGUAACGAAUAUUGUCGAAGAAAAAUACCAAAAUUUUACUAACAAAUUACAAUUCAAGGAAGUUAUUUCAUAUAAUAUUCCAUUGGCUAAACCAAAGGAAUACCCACACAUGGCGAUAAUUGGUUUCGGGGAAAAGCCGGAAGAUGGUAUGUGGGGUUGUGGAGGUUCGCUGAUAAGCGAAAGAUGGAUUUUAACAACCGCGCAUUGUCAAAGAAUGAGUGCUCGAAAUACGGCGCGUUGGGCACGAUUAGGAGAUUUAAACAUAAUCUCAACAACAGACGACGCUCGACCGAAAGACUAUCGAAUUGUGCGGCACGUCAUACAUCCGUGUUAUAAACCACCUUCGAUGUAUGAUGACAUAGCUCUGUUCCAGUUAGAAAAAAACGUCGAGUUCUCCGAUUACGUAAUGCCGAUCUGUCUUAAUUCAGAUUCAUUUUUAGAACCACAAAUGCAAGUAGCUACUAGUUGGGGAAAAUCUUCUUUGGAUGCUUAUACGAUUAGCGACAAUUUGUUAAAAGUAGAACUGAAUAUCAUUCCCGGGAGUAUCUGCAACGGUACUUAUGCCUCAUUUUUAUCUGCCAGUCAUAAGCUAAAAUACGGCAUAUUAAACGACAGAAUGAUCUGUGCGAGCCCUUUGAGAGGCACUACCGACGUUUGUGGAGGAGAUUCUGGAGGUCCGCUGCAAUAUAAACACAACGGUUCAAGCUUGCAUACUCAAUACGGAAUAAUAUCAUUCGGAAGAUUAUGUAGUGAAGAUACACCGGUAGUGUACUGUAGAGUAUCAAAAUAUAUUUCAUGGAUUGAAAAUAUCGUCUGGCCUUAGAUCGAAGUUGAACAAAAUAAAAUAAAUCAUGAUUCGCGUAAUUGGAUUAUUAAAACGUAAAGAAUUAUUAUGUUUGAGAUAAAUGUUAAUUUUUGAAGGUAGGUGUGAAUAUUUGUUUCUGACUAUGUUUUUUUUACAUUAAUUAACCGUUAAAACAUAUUUAUUGACAAAUCUAUUUUGUAUAAAUCUAAAAUAAAAUUAUACUUCGAUGAUCCACUGUGCAUGCUCACUCCCAUUUAUAAAAAAUAAUAAUAUUUUAUUAUUCAUGCACUAAUUAGAAUCAUAUUUUUUGAAAUUGUAUAAUACAUUAAAUAAAAACAUCUUGUGAUACAAAUCCUUUUUUCCUGUAAAUUGAUAAGUAAUUUGUUAACUGUUUUGAAUCUCAAACUAAAUUUGAAUGCGGGGGAAGUGAUGAUUUUAAAAUUAUAGUAAUUAAAUAAUACUAUCA